GUUUCUCCUUUCUUUUGUAUAUGUUUUUUAUAUGAUCUUCAUCACCAAUAUAAGUUUUGUAGUGUUGUUGUAUUUGUUCGUUGAUGCCUUGGUGUUUGUAUUUGCAUGUGAUUGGUUAAAUAUUUAUUUUGUGGCUGGAGUUAUGUUUGGUUAUAUGUUACCCAAAAUUUAAUUGGGUUAUUUCCAGUGGGACGGAGGAAACUUGUUGUUAGUAGCCUCUGUUUUUGCCAAGUGAUUUGCUUCUCGUUCAGUGAGUAUGAUUGAAGGUCAUUACUUCUUCCAUGAGUUAUUGGUUUUCAAUGAAAACUUAUUUAUUCUUCCAUGGAGAAAUAUGCCAUGUAUUCAAGUAGGUAAAACCACUGAAUUAAAAUGAUUUAGGAGAAUUUUUUUUUUUUGGGCGAGUGAUAUAGGGGCAUUUUUAUAAAUGCUUCUCUAUCUGUACAUGUAUUUGAGCCAAACCUUGCAACCAUCUACACAAGUGUUUGGCAAAGUUUGAGAAUGGGAUGCAUAUCAGUUCUGCAAUUCUGAAGCUAUCAUCCUUAGAAUUAUAAGUUUGAACUUUGAACUCUGUGAACCCAUUAUGAAUUGGGAGUCUCUGUUCUCUUAACUUUUAGUGGGUGGAUUGGGGAUUUGUAUUCCAUACACAGAAUCUAGUACUAUGAAAAGGAUCAUUUACUUGUUUUCUCCAUGAUACUCUAAACGUCUCAAUCUGGCAAAAAUUUCCUUGAAAGAUUCUUUUUUUUUUUAACAAAUUUGAAAAAGUAUGUUUUAUUGAUGUGGCUCAAAGAACUGUUAAAAGUCUUGGGGCAUGAUAGCCUCCCUUCUUGAUUUUUAUGCUGGAUCUCCUUCCCAAUGGAGCCCUUUGCAAAUUGGAGUGGGGUCCACGAGUAGUGUUGGCGGAUUCUAUGGUAACUUCGUGGAAGGGGAAUAUUAACGUUUAGAGUGAGGAAAACUAGAAUAAAGGUCGGUUUAGCAAACAAUUUUGUUUACUUAAUGUCUCUUGGAAUAUUCUCACUCUGCAGCUGAGAGAGAUUGAUUUCAUUGUUGUUGGAAGAGGGUUCAAGAAUUAGUUUCCGUGUUCAGGGAGUCGAUGUGAAGGUUGUCAGCCUCGAAGAUCCACCUAAGAGUUGAGGACUUUAGGCUAAAUGAAGUGGCUGGUAGGAGGUCUUCCAGUUUGUAGAGGGCAUUUGUUCGACCUAUUUGAGGAGAGCUCAAAAUUAUGCGACUCAGCUUAUGUCACAUUAAAUUCUGGCCAGCUCUCCUACUUCUCUUUACUUGACUCCAACCGUCAGAUGGGUAUCAUGGACUGCAUGAUAGUUCUAUUUGGCAUCAACAUAUUGGGCAUCCAACAUCAAAGAUGGUUCAGUUUUUUGGAGUCCAAGGCAGACAUUUGGUCUGGCGAUAGCAAUGGUGUAUCAUUGUCAUGUUGCUUUUAUCAGAAUAUUGUAAUUGCUUUUUUUAUUUGUAAUAAAGAGCUCGUACUUCCUUUAUUAAUGUUUCAGUGGGAACAAAAUGAGUUCUUGACUGUUGAUUUGAUUAUUUUCGGCCAAAUCUAUUGGGUGGUUCAACUUUCUCUUAUUUUUCUAAAUGGUCAUGUUGAACCAUUGGCCCUCAAUUCCAUCCUUUUGGCAAGUUCUCUUCCUGGUUUGAUCUGAAAAUAUAGCAACCAAUGAACCGCUGCACUUGAUUGAUGCACAAUCAAAGCAAUCUGAUGCAGUUCCCCAUAUCAUGUUUAAAGUUGUUCUUGUCUUGGCAAUAAUUUUUAUAUCUUUUUGAGUUGUUCAGGGGUGGAUUCAAACUUGGGAUGUACUGUUGGAAGUGAUUGGAUUUCAUAGAUUAUUGUCUCAUUGGAUAGCAUUUUAUUUUGACUCAGUUCUUGAGUGGAUUUAUAUUUCCUUUAUUAGGGUUUUGUUAGCACUUUCAUACAUUACUUUACUGAUAUUUUUUUUACAUUUUUUCCCAUUUUUGAACUUCAUGAACCCAAGCUAUUAGUUAUCAGAAACCAUUUAUUUAGACAAAUGAGAAGAUUUGGCAAACAAUGAGUUGUUCUAAUCAGCUAUCCCCCAUUUUUGGUGCAAAUAAUGAAGUCCAUGAAGUCAAGGUAAUUAAAGAAUGGUAUUCAACAAAUGUUCUGAGUGCACACACUAGGAUACAAAUCAUUAUUUUGGUGACUUCAUAUCAAAAAGACAAACCAAAAAGACUGCAAAAUGAAAACCUUGUGAGAUCUUCAAAUCACUGCACACGCACUUACACAGGUGUCUAUCUACUUCACCCAUUGUCUGGUGUUAUACUGUGUGAUAUUUAGAUAAGAAAAAACAGGAUGUUUCUGCCUACCAGAAAAGAAAACUCAUGCUUUAUGUCCUAUAAACUACUUGAAGUUUUAUAUUUCUUGUGGUAACUUUCGUGAUCCUUUAAUGUCAUGAUCUGAACUCCUUUCUGCCUCCUUUC